UUGACGAGCCCUCGAGAAGCAAAGUGAGACUUUGUCCUUGAACGUUUCGCUAACUCAAGGGCCGUCCGUUUCCUUUCAGCAAAGAUGAGCGGAGCCGCCGUGUCCGUGUGUCUGGUUUUCCUGCUGUCCUGUUGCUGGGCGUGCUACAUCUCCAACUGCCCCAUCGGCGGCAAACGCUCCAUCACGGACGCCCCCUUGCGCAAGUGCUUGUCCUGCGGCCCCGGGGACAGGGGCCGCUGCUUCGGCCCCAGCAUCUGCUGCGGCGACGGCUUCGGUUGCCUGCUGGGAUCCCCGGAAACGGCUCGCUGCCUGGAGGAGGGCUACCUGCUCACACCGUGCCAGGCCGGGGGCAGACCCUGCGGAACCGAGGGCGGACGCUGCGCCGCUUCGGGACUCUGCUGUGAUGCAGAGAGCUGCGCCGCAGACCAGUCGUGCACCCUGGACGAGGAGGCGGACGAUCAAGCGGGCCAAUACGACGGCGGCGACCCCGGUGACGUCAUCGUGCGGCUCCUCCAUCUUGCCGGUCACCCCUCCCCUCAUCGACUCGGUCAGUGAGUUGACGGCCGAGGGGCGUCGCUCCUUCAGCGCAGAUCGUUACUUGCCCGUUUCAGCUUCUUGUCCGUCUAUUUUGAUGUACGAAAAGAGGGGGUGGACAUUGACGGCCAU